AUGGAGACUCCAGACAACAUGAGUGCGACUUCUCCUUACGUCAACCUAGUCAGUGACGAUGAGAACAUGGAAGCGACAAGUGAGAAAAAUCGACAAUGGGAUGAUAGAAUGGCCCUGGCCACUGCUAGAAUGAAAGAAGCGGUCCAAACCACUUAUGCAGCCAAUGAGAAAAUGAAAGAAGUAGAAACUCUCCUAGCUUAUGUUGAGGAACUAACUAAGAAACACCCUGCCAAUCAGAUUGGGGCUACUUUUCAAACACCACUACGCCAAAACACUACCCAUGUGGGGAAUUCCUCCCACCAAACCUCAGCUUUUCAAACACCUGCUCCCGCUACAAACACAAAUGCUUAUCAAGCCCCUCGAGCAACGGGAGCGCCUGCGAUCCAUCGUGUACAACCAAAUGUAACUUUUCAAGAUCAUGUCACCCAUAUUGACUCUUUGCCAGAACUGGAGAACAUGGAAAUGUUCUUUGAAGCAAGAAUAGACAAGAUCGAGAAGGAGAUGGGGAAGAAAAUUGCUGAACUAGAACAUGGCUCUAAAAAGAAAGAAGGGCUGAGAUACUCUGAUUUGUGCAUACAUCCAGACCUGGGUCUACCAGAAGGCUUCAAAAUUCCCAAAUUUGAUCACUUUAAUGGGUCGAGCAAUCCCAGAGCCAACUUGAGGUCUUAUUGCGACCAGUUGGUGGGAAAUGGAGAAAAUGAAGCUUUGCUCAUAAGGUUGUUUAGUCGAAGUCUGUCAGCAACAGCCAUGGAAUGGUUUAUCUCACAAGAUAUCAGUUGA